UCCUUUGAUUGAAAAUGUUUUCUUUAAUAAAAGUAAUUUUCUUUGUUUAAAGCAACUUUUUUAAUUGAACUAACAUUGUUUUGGGCAGUUAGAUUUUAGCCACAACUGCCUAGUUGUUAUUAAAUGAAAUAAUAGAAAGACAACAGACCCCCCCCCCCAAUUGAAAUCAAGAAUUAAGAGUUAAGGCUGCUAAAAACAACUACAGCUAGACACAAAUUUCACUUGCAGACAUUUCCAUGUACAAACAGAAUACAACAAUCUAAAAGCAGUGAACACAGAGAGUCUUACGAAAAUACUGAUGAAAAUACUGAUUAAAAUUAUCAAUCGCAUAAGAAUCUCCCUACCCUGUCUCUUUGAACACAUCAGAACAAUUUUGGACAAUUUCCGAUCCAGGAUCACAUAAACCAUAAACUAAUGGACAUACAUGUGUCUUGCAGAAUAUAACUAUAAUCUUCAUAGCAAACUUCAAAAUUACGAGCUUAGUAUGGGGAAAAAAACAACAGCAAAUGAACAAAACCAUUUCAAUGGAAAAAGUAGCAUCAGUGAGCCAUGGACAGAGACAGUUUGAAAAUGGAAAUGAGUGCAUGUGAGAGAUACGAAUAGAUGUGUGGGGAAGUGAGGAGAAUACGAGGAAUGCAGAAUAUUUUGAUAGUUGAAGGCCUGUCAAACAUUUUUAUAAUUAUGUCUAAUCUAUUUAUAGCUGAAAUUCCCCCUUUGUUAGUGAGAGACCACCAUAUGAGGAUGUUGAAGUAUGAGUAUGAAGGAUGCUGGAAAAUGAUGGAAAAUACUCAAAUUCAUAUCAGCAAAAUAUUUUUUAGGAGGCUAAAAAAAAAAGUUCUCCACAUGUAUUUGUUUGUUUGUGCACCUGAAGAACAGAGUCACACAAACUCAACCCUUUAUAUGCUAAUCCUUUACCCUCAUUCCUGACCUUUCAUAUAUUCAUAUGCUGUUAUUUUUGAAUUGAACUGAAAUAACUCAGGGCAAUGCGCUAAAAAUAGAGAUGUGUCAGGAAGAUCCAUGUGGCAGGGAGAACUUGGCGACAAUAAUCACAGACACAGAGCAGCGGGCGCAGCCAUGCUCACAAGACACAAAGCCCAGGUGCUAGUGAGCUACAGUACAGCCAGGGGUGGGGGUGUCAAUAUGCUCAAUAAUCAGCUGGCGAUGGAGGCUCUUAGUGAAAUGAUGGGAUGCAACUGCAGUGGUGCUGAGAUCAGCACAAAACAGAGAAGCUGUGAGAGAAACUAAGCAUAUCAUGUUUUUAUAUUCACUGUGAAGACAAAGAGGAACGAUUGUUUUAGUUGGCUUUAGUUGCCUCUGCCCCUUAGUAUCAAUGUGAGGGCAAAUUACAAAAUAGGGCCAUUGAAUUAGAUAAGGAUAGAGAGGGGCAAAAUGACGCAAUGUCACUGCAAAAAGGCUCUUGCGUACGAGAAAGGAGAAAUGAGAAUACAUGUAGAAGUAAUACUUCGUACCUUCCACAUCACUUCUCUGUUAAUUUACCAGAUCUUACAAUGCACUUAAUAAGCUGUUUCCCAAACACAGAUUUCUUAUCUUUGCACUUUAUCUGUCACACUUAAACCUUCAGAUAAUUUAAGUAAUGUCAACAUCCAUCAAAGAAAAAAUAUUUUUGAUCUAAGCUAGGAAGGGGAACCAAAUCUAUCCCAUCCAAUUGGGCCCUAUGUUGAAAGUAAAUAACCUCUAAACCUACUUGUCACUUUAAGGUUGUCUCCCAACACAGACUUUGAUUGGACCAUAACAAACAAGUGUCGGGAAGAUAAUAUACCCCAAUUGUGGAGCUAUACUUUUUGAACACAAUAUUACAAUAUUCUAACAGCCAUAUCAAAACAUGAAGACUUGUAAUAGAUUUGAAUAUGUCAGUUAAAGGUCUUGGAGCUAAUCUUCCAAUGAAGUAAGGGUGCCAAAAUCCACUGCGUCUUAACCCCAUAAGCAGUUAGAAGGUGGUGAAAGCUUCUGAUGAGAAUGUCUGAGCCGACAGUGUUGAGGGAUGAGCUGAAGCUAUUUAGCCUACGUCCCUACAUAUUCAGGAUCAUGUAGGGUGAAGUGUAUUCUCAGUUGACUAUGCCAAUGUCCAACGUGUUCAUUCAUUUGGCCAACUGCAGGGGUCCAUCAGGAGGGGAUAUUUUGUCCUUUAGUUGGUAAGCCAUCAGUUGCUUCCAGCUUAGAGUUGGACGUCAGCAAAACCAAGGAGAUGGUGAUCUCAUUUUCCAGCAGUAGAAGGCAUCUUGUUGCUGUAAACAAUGGAAUUCUCCAGUGGAGAUUGUUCAGAAUAUUAUAUACUAUUUUGAGUUGGUUUUCUCCUUCUCCAUAUGCUGUUGAUGUCACUGUGUCAUCUACAGAAUAGAAACUGCCUUCAUCAUACUGUAAACCUAUUUUCCAAGAUUACUGAUCUUCAUGCUCGCCACCUGGGCAUUGUGUACGAACAGCAAUCUGGCUCCACUGGAUGGCAAUUUUGAAAUGAUCGAACUCAUCCUUUGUUUCCAGCUUUUCAGAACUCACCAUCUGGCCACAAGCUCCAUUUCCUAGAUUGCAAGACCUAGAGAGGGAAAAGCUAAAUUUUUCCCCAAUGCUAUUUGCAUAUUGAACUUUAAGGGGUUUAAAUAACUCAUUUAUAAUGAGUAUCUUUCAAGUGUUUCCAUGUAAAUCACCAUAAUGUAGCACAUCUAUCUGUCAACAGGUCUAUGUGAGAUCCAUGGCAGAUCUGUUGUGUUCUCUUUUCCUAAGGGAUAAAAAAAAAAAGAAAAUUGAUUCUGUUCAAUUAAAUGAGUUGAACAAAAGAUUUAAAGACCAGAUUUCAGCACAACAAGUAUGAAUGUCCUUUUAAAAAAAUCGUUGAGCUUAUCUGAUUUUCUGGUUACUCCAGGAAGGGUUUCUGAGAAGAGUAGGGUUGCUGGUGCAGGAAGAGCUUUUGUGUUGGAGUGAGAGGUGGAAGAGUUGGAAAGAGUGUGUAUGGCUGCUUUCAAAAUCUGCAGGAAAAGCCGUUAUGGUCGUCUGCCAGGGUUCGGCUCCGGAUAGGGAGAUGAUCUCCUUUAGUUGGUUUUAAAGUAAUCCCAUCAGACUUCAGUGAAGCGUGGCUAUAUAAACAGAAGUAAAGGUUAAGCGCUCAGCAAACCCAUAGAGUUACAUGUGAGAGGAAAGUCCGAGAGCUGAGAAUCUCUUUCUAAGAUCAAGAUGGGAGAAGGAUGGAGAAAACAGGUGUUUGCUGCCAAAAGACACAAUGAAGAUACUACAAGGGACUCCGCUUUCACAUACACAAACAGUAAUCAUACCAAAGAUCCUUUUGAGGGACCAAACUACCAUGUCGCUCCUCGAUGGGUUUACAAUGUCUCAACAGUCUGGAUGUUGUUUGUGGUUGUUUCAUCUGUCUUUACCAAUGGCCUGGUUUUAGUAGCUACAGCAAAGUUCAAGAAACUCCGUCAUCCUCUCAACUGGAUCUUAGUCAACCUUGCCGUUGCUGAUCUUGGUGAGACGGUUUUUGCCAGUACCGUCAGUGUGUGCAACCAGUUUUUUGGCUAUUUCAUUUUGGGACAUCCAAUGUGUGUCUUUGAAGGUUACGUUGUCUCAGUUUGUGGUAUUACUGCACUUUGGUCCCUGACUAUCAUCUCUUGGGAGCGAUGGGUUGUUGUAUGCAAACCUUUUGGAAAUGUCAAGUUUGAUGCUAACUGGGCCGCAGGCGGAAUUGUAUUCUCCUGGGUCUGGUCCGUGGUGUGGUGUGCCCCUCCCCUCUUUGGAUGGAGCAGGUUUUGGCCUUAUGGACUGAAAACCUCCUGUGGACCUGAUGUUUUCAGCGGUAGUAAAGACCCUGGAGUCAAGUCCUACAUGAUUGUCCUGAUGAUUACCUGCUGCAUUAUUCCUCUGGCUGUCAUAGUCUUGUGCUACCUUGCUGUGUGGUUGACCAUCCGUGAUAUUGCUAGGCAGCAGAAGGAAUGUGAGUCAACCCAGAAUGCUCAGAAGGAAGUCUCCAGGAUGGUUGUUGUCAUGAUCUUGGCUUUUUGUAUCUGCUGGGGACCUUACGCCUUUUUUGCCUGCUUUGCUGCAGCCAACCCCGGAUAUGCCUUUCAUCCUUUGCUUGCUGCCUUGCCUUCAUACUUUGCAAAGAGUGCCACCAUCUACAACCCCAUUAUCUAUGUCUUCAUGAACCGACAGUUUCGCAGAUGCAUCAUGAAGCUGUUUGGCAGAGUAGUAGAGGAUGAUUCUGAAGUGUCCACAUCGCAGACAGAGGUCUCCUCUGUGGCUCCUGCAUAACACUUCAUGAUCUGUUUUGUCACCAAAUCUUUUUAACUCUAUUAAUCAUUUGUUUUAUUACAAAACCUAUAUGUCGCAAACAAAAUGGAGAACAGUAAAGCUCUUUUAUUUGAAUGCAUGGAUGAUGUGUUUUAAAAAAAUCUGUGUUAGAUAUAGGUUAGAUGUAACAAGAUCCACACUUUAAAAAAUAUUUCACUUCUCAGUCUGUAAAUAGUGCUUAAAAUUUUAUGGAUGAGCUGUCAAUGCACUUUUGGAGUAAUUCUGGUAGAUCAGCUACUCCUGGGAAAAGUUAUUGCUGCCUUACAUGUUCCCCAUAUGUGAAUUAUUACUCUCAGUGUUGUUCCUAAAGUUUUAGAAACGGCUUUGUGACUAUUUUGAUGAUACCUUUCGAAUGAUGUUGUAGACUUUGUUGCUUAAAUGAUCUUGAUUUUUCUCAAAGUAGGGUUGUGGUGUUUUAGAACCUCUAUUGGCUAAUUUAUUUUCUCAUAUAGUUUUUAUAUAAGUGAUACAUAAAUCAUGUGGUUGUACUGUAAGAGGUUCCAUUUGGUUCCAUUUAAAUAAUAACUAAAUAAGUUUAAGGAAACAAAUAUUUAAGUGUGACAAUAAAGUGAAAACUAAAAAAUCUUAUGGUGAAUUAUUGUUUCUAAAGCAAUGAAUAUCUUGUAUAUUAAACACAAACGUACUCCCAGCUGAGAAAAAAAAAAAAAAACAGCAUCAAGCAAUAUUUACACCUAACAAGACGGAAGAUGGAUGAAAAAGAAUGAAUGCUGAUGCAGAUCUGCAGAAAGAGGCAAUGAUUCAUAGGAAGGUUUUUAUCCUUAAAAGGUGGUGGCACACAUGUCAACUUUGCUAUUAAGUAAUAUCCAACUUAGAUGUUGCCAUGUGUAUGACCACACUAUCUAGUCAUUUCUUAUUGAAUUGCUAGUCUUCUCAAUUGAGUUAAUAUGAGAGCAAGUUUCGGAUGUCUAAAUUUUUAUAACCAAUCUUGGUAUUUGAACCUGACAAUGAUUGAAAACGUGCCAAACAAUUACAUUAUAAAACAAUCCAGUGAUCCAAAUAUGAUCAAAUUUAAUUUCACAUGAUUUGCAAUAAGUACACUUAUAUAUAUAUACAAAUAUUUGCUAAUUAUAUCGUCUGUGCACAUUUUGCCUUGUUACAACCACAAUUUAAAAAGGAUUGAAUUUAGAUUAUAUCUGAUUACAUCAAAUAUUUAUUACAUUUAUAAUCAAUCAUCACAAAAUGCAUAAUUGUGAAGGGUAAGCAAACUGACCUGUAGUUUUAACUGUUUUUUAUUUUUAAAUCUGAAAAAUGUGGAGUACAUUUGUAUUUAGCACCCUUUGUUAGUCCUAAAUAAAAUUCAGUGACACUUAAUUUUCACCUAAUUAGGAAAUAUAAACCAUCCCUGUUAAGGUUAGUAUAUUAAAGAUACAGAUGAUCUUUCAAGAAACAACUGGAAAAGUAGUUCAAGAAUUAUAAAAGACUUGGUGUAGAUCCAUUUUCCAUUACAGUGCUGAUGCUAAACAUACAAGCAGAGCUACAAAGGAAUUGUUAAGGUAAAUCUACACGCAUUAGAAUGGCCUUAUUCAAAGCCUCCUUCUAAAUCCAAUUAAGAAUCUUUGGCAAGACUUAAAAAUUGCUGUUUAGUGUUUAGAUCCAACACAUAAAAAUCCCAUUAAAAAUACUAACAUUUGUGGUUGCAACAUACCAAAAUGAUUGGGGUAUGUAUACUUUUGCAAGUCACCGUAGACUUAUUUUACAGAUAUUUGGUGAUUUUCUUUGCAUGCGAAUAGAAAACGAUUGAAACAUGCCAAACUGAACUGCAGGCCAAUGGGAUUAAAAAGCGAUUUUCCAUUAGCUACUGCCUCUCUGCCUGUGUGAUUGGCAAUGCAUGUUACUUGUGUUAGGUGGUAGGUUCGCUGUGGGAAGCCAAUGGUCUGCAUGCCAGUAAAAACCACGUUGCUAGAAGGUUAGCGGGUUUACCUGGUCCAAGGUAGAGUACCUUGACUUGAGCGUGAUGACCUCAUCCAGGUGAGCCCUGA